AAAAUAAUUCAUUCGCGAGAUAUUGUCUCUCAUUGGGAUCUAAAAGAAUACGAAGACAAAACUGCAGUAGUGGUCGGAAUUGGCAAUUCUGGAUGUGAUUCGGCCGUUGAAUUGAGGUUUCUUAUAUCUGCGAUAAGACAUACAUAUCGUUACGAAGCGGUGGUUGGGUUUUGCACAGAGUUGGCCAAAACGGAUGGCCAAUUGACUAUCAAUUUCACACCAGAUUUUUGCACAAAUUGCGGAGUCUUUUCCCGUUUCGACUCAUUUGUUGGUGAUACAGACAUAACCGAAUGUGAUUUAGUAGUGAUGGCUACGGGUUAUGACCACUCGUUUCCGUUUGUCGACAAAAGUCUUUUUGAUCACUCGAGUGAUGAGGCGUUGAAUUUGUAUAAACAGAUAUUUCCCCAGCAAUUGUCGCACUCGAGUCUGGGAUUCAUUGGCGCUCUUCAACCAAAUGGUGGUAUAUUUGCAUUGUUUGAGAUGCAGUCCCGGCUCUACGCUCUCCUUAUGACCGGCAAAUGCCGGUUCCCAUCGCACGACCACAUUGUGGCCGAUAUUGCGCUCACAAAACAACGACGAGACCAACUAUUCAUGAAGUUGGUCUUUGGACCCACUCUUCCCUAUCAGUACAGACUUCGUGGUCCGCAUUCAUGGUGUGGUGCGAGGGAUGCGCUCAUGCAGUCUGACUAUAGGUUAUACCGUGAGAAU